AUGAAUGGCGCUAAUCCCACGCCGAUCGAUCGAGUACCUCCCUGUCCACUCCUCAACGCUAGUAACACAGAAGAAGCGUUCCGAAAUGCCUUUGCAACCAACCCAACCGGUCUUAUGAAAGAGGUCUUCCUUGUAUGCAACGCCGCAUAUAGCAUGGAAAGAGUGAUCGAAUCCCUACGCGCCUCGGCCGCAGAAACGAUUACGGAAAUGGAGGACCUUCAAACCCGACUGGAAAACACUCUCAUCACUAAGAGCGAUGGAGACGCAACGAUCACCCGCCUGAUGGCAGAAAAUGAAGCAUACCUAAAAGUCAUACAAUCACGAGGCGUUCCACACCGCACACCAGAACAUCCCGAUCCUGAACCAUUCACUGGCGAAGACCCCUCUCUCCUGCAGAAUUUCCUCCAACAACUUGACUUAAAGCUCGAAAUGAACAAAGAUUGGUGGACUUCGGAGCGUCAACGUAUGGGAUACGUAGUCUCAUGCCUCAAAGGUAAAGCUCAUGACCAAGUCCGGUACAACAUUAAAGACGGGGUAGUCCUAUUUGAUGACGUCGACGCAAUAAAAGAAGUCCUUAAAUCAGCCUUUGGAGACAUUGACGCCAAAGCCACGGCCCAACGCAAAAUCUUCGACAUGAAACAAGGCCAUAGACCUCUCACGACAUUUCUCCCCGAAUGGUACGCUGUCGCCAAACUCACCGGCUGGGAUAGCGCGGCCCUCAUUGCCCAUCUCCGACGCGGUCUUCACGAAAAUAUCACUUGGAGACUCUCCCUCACCAAGAGCAAAGAUAUGCCCACCGAACUCACCCAGUUUAUGGAUCUCGUCCGCACCUGCGAUAAUGAGUGUCGUCAAGUCAAUGCCAACUACUUUAAGAAGGGCACGAGCAACUCCCCUGCCAACCAACCCGCGGGUUUGCAGCCCACCAGCGCACCACAAUUACCAGCCGCUAACGGCGCGGACGCCAUGGAUCUGAGCGCCACCACCUGGGGACCGGAAGAUGUCACCUCUGGCCGCAGACCUCAAAAUGAUGCAGAGAGAGCAGCACGCAAAGCCUACUGCACCGCCCAUGGGCUCUGUCAUUGGUGCAACUCGGACAAACAUCGCUCCCUCAAUUGCGAUACCGCACCAUGGAACAAGGGAAAAGCGUAG